CACACACACACACACACACAGGCGGAUACCGCCGCUGUACUGCUUCUCCCCGCCCCUCCCACUCCAAUGCUCUGCCGACCGCUGGGUGUUGUGCAGGGGUUGCCGGCCGCCGGCCGACACCUCGCCCUAUGGGCUCGGGCAUAUGGGGCCGUUCCUCGGCGUCGCGCUCCGGCUGGCGCGCCUCCGCCCGAUGGGGCGCCGCUGCUCAGCUACUACCGAUCCGGGCUUCUCUAUGAGCUGUCGAGUCUCUUCGCCCUGGAGCGUCUGCUGCCGAUGUCCCUGCGGCAUUCCGGGCAAACGGCCGACCACGGCAUCGACCUUCUCGGGUCUUGGAACCUUCGAAACGGCCAGAAGGUCGCCGUCAUUUGCCAGUGCAAGUACUCCACCAAAUCCAUCCCGGUCAACUUUGUCAGGAGCUUCCUCGGCACCAUUAGCUCCAUCCAUUGCCUGAGUCCACCCAAGUGGCCUCCGGCCAUUUAUCGCCUGUACCGGGAGGAGUUCUCGGCGCCGGCAGCGGACUUCGCCGUCCCCGAUGCGGCCGAUGGCGCGUCUCUCGGCGGCCUGGCCCUCCCGCGGCCCCUGUCGACGGUGACCCCCCCGCCCUAUUCGCCGUUCGCCUCGGCACCCUGGGAAGAUGAUGAGGACUCGUUUGACGCGUCGCCGGCCUUCGCCGCUGCGGCGGCCGCGGCUGCCGCGGUGCCUGCCACGACCUCCCACUUCCCUGUGGUUGGGCUUUUCAUUUCGCACACCCCCUACUCGCAGGCGGCCAUGCGUCUGGUGCAGGACAUCUCCCUGCCGAUGAUCUUCAUCGAAGCCGGCCUGAUGCUGGAUGUGCCCGAGGUGCAGGCCCUCCUGGAGACCACGGUCAAUAGUGAACUCCGCCAGGACUCCACGCCGGAGGACCUGCGCGAGGCACUGGUCCGGCACUACCGCAUCAACAACAUCCUGAUGAAUGACGCGGCGCAGCACCUCCUGCCUAGCGUGUCUGUCGGCCUGGACAUGGCGGUUGAUGCCCACGGCCCCGGGCACCGAGCGCGUCUGCUCGAAAGCGCCCCCCCUUCAUGGAGGUAGGAGCACAUCCCCAAUGCCCUGCCCUUGUAUUUUAUAGACCCUCCCGAUGGGCAUGCGCUGGGUCGCUCGCCCCUCCACCAUCAAUGAAACCUCCUUUGCC